GACUUUAGAGCUGGGCUUUAGAGCUGGGCUUUAGGACAGGACUUUAGAGCUGGGCUUUAGAGCAGGACUUUAAAGCUGGGCUUUAGAACAGGGAUUUAAAGCUGGGCUUUAGAACAGGACUUUAAAGCUGGGCUUUAGAACAGGACUUUAAAGCUGGGCUUUAGGACAGGGAUUUAAAGCUGGGCUUUAGGACAGGGAUUUAAAGCUGGGCUUUAGAACAGGACUGUAGCGCUGGGUCUCAGAGCGGAUUUUGGGGACUCUGGAUUGCCUGGGCCUGGGAUCCCUGAAGACUGUGCUGAUGGGGAACGCUGCGGGGAGCGCCGAGCAGGCCGCCGCGCCCGAGCCCCGGGCCACGGUGGCCGUCCCCUCCCCCUCACCUCUGCAGAAGCAGGCCCCCUCCCCAAAACUGCCCAUGCCCCCCGAUGAGGAGCUGGAGGAGAGAUUCAACACAGUGCUGAACUCGAUGAACCUGCCCCCGGACAAAGUGACGCUGCUGAGUCAGUACGACAGCGACAAGAAGUGGGAGCUGGUCUGCGAUCAGGAGCGCUUCCAGGUGAGAAACCCGCCCUCUGCAUACCUGUCGAAGAUCAAGAGCUACCUGGACCAGGGCGGAACGUCUCGGUUUAAGAAACGUGUCCAGGAGUGCACCAAGGUCCUGAGAGAGCUGGAGAUUUCCCUUCGGACCAAUCACAUUGGGUGGGCCCAGGAGUUUCUCAAUGAACAGAACCAGGGUCUGGACGUGCUGGUGGACUACCUGUCCAUGGCCCAGCUGACUGUCCCAAAUGACGUGGAGAAUGUGGACAAUGGGGUGCUGGUGGGAGAGAGAGGAGGAAAGACGAUGGAUAAAUCGAUUGAGGACUUGAAUAAGAGCGCCGGAAACUCACCCACCCAUUCCAUCACCAAAUCCACCCGCUCCCUAACCGUGCGGUUGAACACGUUUGCGCACAGCGUGAAAACGCUGCGUUCUCCGCGAGUCGUUGGGCAGGAGGACGUGCACGUCUGCAUCAUGUGCCUGCGCGCCAUCAUGAACUACCAGUCCGGCUUUAACUUGGUGAUGACCCACCCACGCUGUGUCAACGAAAUCACUCUCAGUCUAAACAACAAGAGCCCCAGGACCAAGACGCUAGUGCUGGAGCUGCUGGCUGCAGUGUGCCUAGUGAGGGGAGGUCAUGACAUCAUCCUCUCAGCCUUCAACAACUUCAAAGAGGUGAGCGGGGAGAAGAACCGCUUUGAGAAGCUCAUGGAGUAUUUCAUGAAGGAGGACAGCAACAUUGACUUCAUGGUGGCCUGCAUGCAGUUCAUAAACAUUGUGGUCCAUUCAGUGGAGAAUAUGAACUGUCGUGUGCACCUGCAGUUUGAGUUCACUCAGCAUGGCCUAGACCAGUAUCUGGAGAAACUGAAGUCCACAGAAAGUGAGAAGCUGCUGGUGCAGAUCCAGGCUUACCUGGACAACGUGUUUGACGUGGGAGCUCUGCUGGAGGACGUGGAAUCCAAGGGGAGCGAACUGGAGCACAUAGAGGAGCUACAGUCACACAACGCACAGCUGACUGCUCAGCUGCGAGAGUGUGAGGACCAGGCCAUGGAGAAGAUAGCUGAGGUGGAAAAGCAGCUCCUGCAGGCCAGUAAGGAGGUUGAGGUGCUGAAGGAGAGCCUGCGGGACUCCUGUGGCCAGGUGACCUCCCUGCAGCAGAGGGAGCGUGAGAGGGAGCUGCAGCGGGACAGGGAGCGGGACAGGGAGCGUCCGCCCCUCUCCCCCACCCAGGCCCCGCUCCUCGCCCCCUGCCAGCUGGAGCAGAAGCUGCGGGAGCUGGAGGAUCGCGGCCUGAUCCGCCUGGAGCGCUCCGCCUCCGGGGAGCUGGACAUCAAGGUCAUACCCGUCAUCGUCACGGAGACCGUGUCUGUCACGGGUCAAACCCUCGAAAGGACCCAUCCAGCUGCGCUCGUUCCUGCUCAGGAUUCAGAUCCAAACUCACCCCCGCUCAGUGCACCACCUCCUCCUCCGCCUCCUCCUCCUCCUCCAGGAGCAGGACCACCCCCACCCCCUCCCCCACCGCUACCUGGAGCAGGACCACCCCCGCCCCCGCCCCCACCCCUACCUGGAGCAGGACCGCCCCCGCCCCCACCCCUACCUGGAGCAGGACCGCCCCCACCCCCUCCCCCACCUGGAGCAGGACCACCCCCCCCUCCUGGGGGUGGACCUCCGCCCCCUCCUGGAGGCCCAACUGUUGGAAGCAGCGGUCCAGGAGUCAAAGGCAAAAAGCCCAUCCAGACGAAGUACCGCAUGCCCCUGCUUAACUGGCAGGCUCUGAAGCCCACCCAGGUGACGGGCACCGUCUUCAGCGAGCUGGACGACGAGAACGUCCUCGGGGAGCUGAACAUGAUGGCCUUCGAGGAGCAGUUUAAGACGAAGGCCCAGGGCGCCCCGCCGGGCCUGGACAAGCUGAAGGUAAAGACGGCCAAGAAGGAGCCCAGCAAGGUGGCCCUCAUCGAGUCCAACAGGGCCAAGAACCUGGCCAUCACCCUGCGCAAGGCCGGGAUAGGAGCAGCCCAAAUCUGCACCGCCAUAGAGAACUAUGACCAGGAGGCCCUGAGCCUGGACUUCCUGGAGCUGCUGGAGAGGUUCAUCCCGUCGGACUACGAGCUGAAGCUGAUCCAGAACUACGAGCGGGAGGGCCGCCCGCUGGAGGACCUGUCGGACGAGGACCGCUUCAUGGUGCGCUUCGGCAAGAUCCCGCGCCUGGCCCAGCGGAUCAACACCCUCACCUUCAUGGGCAACUUCCCCGACAGCGCCAAGACGCUGCAGCCGCAACUGAACGCCAUCAUCGCGGCAUCGAUGUCCAUCAAGUCCUCCAGCAAGCUGAAGAAGAUGCUGGAGGUCAUCCUCGCUUUUGGGAACUACAUGAACAGCAGCAAGAGGGGUGCGGCUUACGGGUUCCGCCUGCAGAGCCUGGACCUGCUGCUGGACACCAAGUCCACCGACCGCAAGCAGACGCUGCUGCACUUCAUCGCCAGCAUCGUCCAGGAGAAGUACCCCGAUCUGCGCUCCUUCCACUCCGAGCUGCAUUUCGUGGACAAGGCUGGCCAAGUAUCCCUGGACAGCAUCCUACAGAACGUGCGGUCCCUGGAGAAGGGCAUGGCGGUGGCCCAGAAGGAGUUCCUGGUUCAGGAUGAUAACCCCGUGCUGAAGGAGUUCAUUAAGAGCAGCAGUGAGAUGCUGGACUCCCUCAUCAAGGACAGCAAGACUGCACAGGAGGCCUACGCCUCGGCGGUGGAGUAUUUUGGGGAGAACCCGAAGACCACCCCGCCCUCCAGCUUCUUCCCCCCGUUCGUCCGCUUCAUAAAGGCCUACAAGCAAGCUGAGCUAGAGAAUGAGCAGAGGAGGAAACAGGAAGCUGAGAUUUGCGAGGGUUCCGCUGAUGCUUCUCCCACCCCCGGGAAGGCGGAGUCUGCUGGACAGAAGCAGAUGCCCAUGAUGCCCAAGAUGCCCCAGAUGGACCUGAUCGCGGAGCUGAAGAAGAGGCAGGUGAAGCCCCAGGUCCGCGGAGUGAAGGACGGCGCCAUCGAGGACAUCAUCACGGAUCUGAGGAGCCAGCCGUACAGACGGACGGAUGUCGGUCCUCGCAACACCAAGAGACCCAAUGGACAGCAAGUCUCCUCGAACACUGCACCGUGAAGAACCUCAGCUUACUGAGAUACACACUCACUCACUCACACACACACGCACGCACGCACACACACACUCGCACACACACUCACGCACGCACGCACGCACACACAUUCUCGCUCACUCACACUCACACACACACAUACACACACACGCACACUCGCAUAAACAUGUGCGCGCGCACGCACUCACUCAUAUACACACACGCGCGCAUGCACACAGCUCCCCCAGUAUUCUAGGAAAUUCAGUCCUCCUGUCUGUCAGGAUUAGUAAACCGAUACCUGCCUGGUCUACCUUUACGCACACACACCAGCUAAUUAAAACUGCAAGACUCACAGUUUGUGAAAUAAAUUCCCUUUGGCUAAAAAUCUCUCUUAUACACAUUAUCAGUGUUUUUUUUUUUUUAAACAGGGAAGUCAGUGAAUAAUUGAUGCGAAUCAAAGUGAAUGCCGUCUUCCUACAUGCAGUAUUAAAACAGACUCAAAAGAGGUUUUCACCAUCGUCCUGGAACUGGCAGUAGCUGCUGCCUUCGGGGAUGAGGGGAAAAUCCACUUCUGAAUUAUUAGUAAGAUCAUUUCACCUGUGCUCAUUAAAAGCGCACUUUGCAGGAUUUGUAGAAAUACUUUUUAGUAUGACUAAGAUGGGUCAAGGGGCAUGGCAGAUUCUCAGAAUGCAUAGGAGUUGUAGUUAAACUUAAUGAUUAGACUUUUUUUUUUUUGCUGCUUACUCUGUACAUUAUAUGUUUUUAUAAUGUUUUUACUCUAGUCUGUACAUGACCUGGAUUUAAAUAUCAGGGUGCUGUAAAAUUAAAUGUCUCAAAUUGAAAAGAAAAGAAUGGGUACAUAAACCUAAUUAAUUAACACCCAGAACCCAGAAUAAAGUAUCAGAACCUUGAUUUUGUUUGUAUCAUAUAACAAGUUUACAUAUGCAAUGCCUGAAGUACAUAUUUUUAAAAUGUUUGUGCUUUCAAAGAUUUUUUUAUAUUGUAAAAUUCAGACUUGUACAGAUUUUUUAUUUUAAAAGGCAGAAAUUAAUGAGACAUGAGAAAUGAGAAGGCUUAGGGGCUCUCAUCUUCCCUUGUGUGUUAAAAUGUCAAAACAUUCAUCGUAUUGUUUCUUUUUAUCCUAUUGGUUGUUAAAAUUAUUUUUCACAUUUAUUCACUAGAGGGAGUCAAAGGCAAGGUUUAUAAAUAAAAUGCCACGAUUCACUGUUGGUUAUUACAGAACAAACCUGUUUACGUGGGUUUAUUUAAGUAUACGUCCUCACAGCUUUCAGACUAAUUAAUUUUGUUCACCUUUUGUGAGAUUCAUUUUUUAAUUUGCUUUGUUAUAUCAGCAAAAUCCAAUCUUCCUGUAAAGGACUUUUACUUGCUCACUGCUUUUCUCACGUCUCUGCAAUUAAAAUCUCAGAUCUGAUCAAAACCGA